AUGGAUGUCGUAAAGGCCAUCUCGGCCUACAUCCAGCGCAUCAUCACCCAGACGUCCGGCAUCAAGGUCCUCCUCCUCGACCAGCACACCACACCCAUCAUCUCGACCUCGUUCACGCAGUCCGCCCUACUAAGCCAUGAGGUGUACCUCACGGAUCGCGUCGACAACCCGAACCGGGACCGCAUGAAGCACCUCAACUGCAUCGCCCUCCUCCGCCCGACGCCAGCCUCGAUCUCGGCCCUCGUCCAGGAGCUGCGGCGGCCCCGCUACCGCUCCUACUACGUCUACUUCACCAACGUCCUCCAGAAGCAGGACAUCGAGGCGCUCGCAGAGGCCGACGAGCACGAAGUCAUCAAGGAGAUCCAAGAGUACUUUGCAGACUACCAGCCCGUCAACCCGGACCUCUUCUCGUUCAACCUCGCCACCCCGCCCGCACGCAUAUGGGCGGACCGGCCCAACCAGUGGGACGAAGCCGCCCUCGAACAGCACGUCAAGGGGCUCACGGCUCUGCUCCUCAGCCUGAAAAAGAAGCCAGUCAUCCGCUACGAACGAAUGAGCGCGCUGGCCAAGAAGCUCGGCGAAGAGGUCCACUACCAGAUGCAUACCGGUCAGCCACAGCUGUUCGACUUCAGGAGGACCGACGUGCCGCCAUUGCUCCUCAUCCUCGACCGCCGCAACGAUCCAGUCACGCCCCUCCUCACGCAGUGGACCUACCAGGCGAUGGUCCACGAGGUUCUUGGCAUCAACAACGGCAGGGUCAGCCUCGCAGACGCCGAGGGUAUCCGCCCAGAGCUGAGGGAGAUUGUCCUGUCCGCCGACCAGGAUCCCUUUUUUGCGUCGAACCUCUACGACAACUUUGGCGACCUGGGCGCGAGCAUCAAAAAGUACGUCCUCGAGUACCAGUCGCGCACCGCGUCCAACUCGACCAUCGAGACGGUGGCCGACAUGAAGCGCUUUGUCGAAGAGUACCCCGAGUUCCGCAAGCUGGGCGGCAACGUGUCGAAGCACGUUGCGCUGCUCGGCGAGCUCAGCAAGCGCGUGGAAAAGGAUGGCCUGCUGCAGGUCAGCGAGCUCGAGCAGAGCCUCGCCAGCGUCGAGAGCCAUGCCUCGGACCUCAAGGCGGUCCAGGCCAUGGUCGACUCCGAGACGGUGUCGCAGGACGCCAAGCUGCGCCUCACGAUCCUCUAUGCCCUGCGCUACCAGAAGUUUUCGGGCAACCAGAUCCAGCCGCUGGUACAACGGUUGCUCAAGGUCGGGUUGCCAGAGAGCCGAGCCGCCCUCGUAUUCGUCAUGCUCAACCUGGCGGGCUCGGAACAGCGGCAAGACGAUCUGUUUGCCAACGAGAACCUCUUUUCGCGCGGUCGCAGCGCCAUCAUGGGCCUCAAGGGCGUCGAAAACGUGUACACGCAGCACUCGCCGCACCUCUCGCAGACGAUUGACCACCUCAUCCGCGGCCGGUUACGCGAGACGAGCUAUCCCUUUAUCGGCGGCGGUGGCGGCGGUGGUGGAUCCGGGAUGGAUGGGGUCAUGCAGCAGCAGCAGCAGCAGCAGCAACAACGGCCGCAGGAUGUGAUACUCUUCAUCGUCGGCGGGGCGACGUACGAAGAGGCACGGACGAUUGCCCUCCUCAAUGCGCAACACCAGCACGGCGGCGGAUCCACCGACGGUAUCGUCGGCGCUGGCGGAGGCGGUGGAGGUGGUGGGGGUGGUGGUGGUGGUUCGGCGGGGACGGGGACGGGGAUGGGGAUGCGGUUCCUGCUAGGUGGAACGACGGUGCACAACAGCGCCUCGUUCCUCGACAUGAUCCAGGACGCCGCGGCGCGCUUUGACGCCAAAAUCGCCAAACCACCACCUAACCUCGCCUCCGGAUCCGCAAGCGGUCCAGCGCUCAACCUCACCAUCGGUCCCGUCCAGCUCAGCUUUUGA